AACUAUUUACGAUAAGGCGUGUUCUGCUUUCACUAUUGCACAUUUAGAUGCAAACUAGCAAACAGGCAAGAACGUCCUAAUCUGCUGGGUGAAUAGGAGAAGUUUGCUGCUUACGCCACCAUUUUCUGGUACGUGCCAAUAUCGAUUCACACACCAUGGAUUUCAAUAUGGACGAGUGCUACGAGCAUGUCCUCGCAUUGGUCGAAACAGCUGGAAGCCUAAUCGCCUCGAGGAACUCCCAACGGAAGCGUGUCGUGGAGAAGUCGAGCAAUAUCGAUUUGCUAACCGAAACUGACCAACAAGUGGAGCGCAUGCUGAUGGACGGAAUCACGGCCAAAUAUCCGGAUCACAAGUACAUCGGCGAGGAAGAAACUAGCGAAGGCAAGAAGGCCGAACUGACUGAUGCACCGACCUGGAUUAUAGAUCCUGUGGACGGGACGAUGAAUUUUGUGCACAGUUUCCCGCACUCCUGUAUCUCGAUCGCGUUGCUGGUUGGAAAGCAAGCGGAAAUUGCGAUCAUCUACAAUCCCAUCGUUGGACAGAAGUUUACCGCACGCCGAGGCAAGGGAGCCUUCCUAAAUGGAAAUCCUAUCCACGUGUCUGGUGAAACAAACCUCGAGCAUGCGUUGGCAACGACAGAAUUCGGAACAAGCCGUGAAGAGGAGAAAACCCGCGUGGUACUUGAAAACAUUGGAAAGCUCGUUCGACAGAUUCAUGGCAUGCGAAGCCUCGGCUCUGCUGCUCUCAACAUGGCCAUGGUGGCACUGGGUGGAGCGGAUUUCAACUACGAAUUCGGUAUACACGCGUGGGACAUUGCGGCGGGAGAUUUGCUAGUGCGCGAAGCUGGAGGCGUGUGUCUCGAUCCUGCCGGAGGUCCUUUGGAUCUGAUGUCCCGACGGGUGUUGUGUGCCAGUACGCAGGAGCUUGCCGAUAAGGUGGCUCUGGCUUUGACACAGUACUAUCCGGAACCAAGAGAUUAAAGUAGCAAAAGCAUUUCUACCAACCUGUUACUGGUGUACUUAUCGUUGCUUUUCGGAUGAGUUUUUUGAUGUACGAAUAUCGUAGCAAAUGUUGAAUAAAUGUUACCUGCAAG